CUAUCACACAGUCUUCAGACAGAGUUGAAUUCGGAUCGCCAUCAUCCUCGUCGUCGUAGCCUGCCGUCGGUCUCCGGGUCAACUCUGUCUGAAUGUUGUCGUCUCACAUUUUAAGUUUUAAUUAGUUUAUUGAAAGUUUUUACUCCUACUUUUUUUUUCUCGGGGCGUGUGUUGCUCAGAAAUUGUGAGAAUGUAGUCAACGUAUCGUGUUGAGUGUUAAGCUAAAGAAUCUGUUAUCUGUGUACCUUAUUUGUGAUAUCCUAACCAACCACAAAAAAAGUUUAAAAUAAUCAAAUCAUUUUGUUGCCUAAUAAUAAUCAUUUAACUUAAACGCGACUAAACGAAACUGUGAAACGAGAGGCGAUUACAUAAGCACGAACAACGGCGAAAUGGAUUACGUAACACUCGUGUGGCAUGAACUGUGAAUGAAACAGCAAACAACCCACUGGCAUAGAAAGCAUCUUCGAACAAGCCAAUACAGCGGAAAAUCAAAAUUAGAUGGCGACCAAGUGAAAAUCCCCCACUUUACCCAAGAGUUAAGUCGUCAAAUUAUUGCUGGCUUCACAGAAAUUAACCGCCAGCCGUUUCGCCACGCCCAUUGGCACGGUAAGCCUCCGUGAAGUAGGCACAAAAAUAAGGGAAUAUUUAUGCGCACAAGUGAUAACCGCGGCACGGUCAACGGAGCAAAAUAUUCGCUGCGCUAGGAAAGGGACGACACGGCACGGGCACCACAGUGAGCCAAGUGGGAGAUCCAUAACCGGAGUCAGAACAAGAGUGAGAGCCAGGAGGUUUCGGCCACUGCCACUGCCACAGCAUCACCAUGAAGGGCUUGACGGCGUUUAAGGAGAAGGCGACGGGCGUGUUUGGCGGCCUCAAGCCGAAUAUGGAGAAGUUCGAAAUAUCUCAGAGCUACCACACCGGGCAUGGCGGCUACGAGGAGAUGGAGGGCGGCGAGCGCGAGGGCCACGGACCCGGCGGCGGCCACGCCUACGACGACGAUGACGACCGACCCGACUCGCCCGCCUCCUUCGAGGAGAUAGAGCGUCCGCCGCUCCGGAAGAUCGACAAGUACUGCAAGGCCGAGUGCCCAUGCAUGCCAGCCCGCUACACCAUUGCCACCAUGGCAUGCGUGGGUUUCAUGAUCGCCUUCGGAAUGCGCUGCAAUAUGUCGGCUGCCAAGUUAAAGGGCGAGCACAACGGGACGGUUUUCAUGAACUGGACGGUUGCUGUGGAGAGCCAUGUGGACUCGUCCUUCUUCUGGGGCUAUCUGGUGACGCAGAUUCCCGGCGGCUUCAUUGCAUCCAAGUUUCCGGCCAACAAGAUAUUCGGCCUCUCCAUCGUCAGCUCGGCAACGCUGCAUCUGUUCGUGCCCUUUGCUAUGACGCUGAUGCACGGCCACGUGGUGAUUGGUGUGCGCGUGCUACAAGGACUCUUCGAGGGUGUAACGUAUCCGGCCUGUCACGGCAUCUGGCGCUUCUGGGCGCCACCCAUGGAACGCUCCCGUCUGGCUACCCUAGCCUUUUCAGGAUCCUAUGCUGGCGUCGUGGUGGGGUUGCCCCUGUCUGGGCUGCUGGCCGAUACCGUGGGCUAUCAGGCGCCGUUCUAUGCCUACGGGGUGUUUGGGAUAAUUUGGUAUAUGUUCUGGAUAUGGCUAUGCUUUGAGAACCCGCGAAAACAUCCGGCCAUCAGCAUUCCCGAGCUGAAGUACAUCGAAAAGUCGCUGGGAGAGUCGCUUCAUCCGACGAUGCCAUCGCUGAAGACGACGCCCUGGCGGGAAAUUAUGCGGUCGAUGCCUGUCUAUGCCAUCAUAGUGGCGAACUUCUGUCGAUCCUGGAACUUCUACCUGCUGGUAUUGUUCCAAUCCUCGUUCCUCAAGCACAAGUUCGGCUUUAAGGUGGAGGAGGCUGGCUUUGUGGGAUCCCUGCCUCAUCUGAUUAUGACCACGAUUGUGCCAUUCGGUGGUAUGCUGGCGGAUCAUCUGCGAAAGAAUGGAAUCCUGUCCACCACGAAUGUAAGAAAGCUGUUCAACUGCGGUGGGUUUGGGAUGGAGGGUCUGUUCUUUCUAUUCGUGGCACAUUCCUCAACAUCGACUGGAGCAAUGUUUGCCUUGACUUGUGGCGUGGCCUUCAGUGGGUUUGCCAUAUCUGGCUAUAAUGUCAACCACUUGGAUAUUGCUCCACGCUAUGCGAGUAUUUUAAUGGGUCUCUCGAAUGGCAUUGGCACGCUGGCAGGGAUCAUAGUGCCAUACGCAUUGGAUGGGCUUAUACAGGCCAAUCCCACUGGCUGCUGGACCACUGUGUUCACCCUGGCCGCCUGUGUUCAUCUGGUUGGCUGCACUUUCUACGGCAUCUUCGCCUCUGGAGAGCUGCAGCCCUGGGCCGAGCCGCCGGCCGAGGAGCAGCAGGUCUGGGCCCCACCGGCGGGAGCCAUCACCAACACAGAUCCCAGCCAGGCAGGCAUGCUGGGCAACUACAUGAAGGAGACCUCAUUCGGUGCACCGGAGUACAAUGAGCAGAGCCAAAUGCAGCAAUCAAGUUCCAUUAGCUAUGGCGCCACCGGGCACGUGGCCAACAAUCCAUUUGCCAUGGCCGCCAGUGCACCCAUUGCCGAGCAACCUGCCCCGCCGCCGUACGAAGACGUGGCCUACAACUACGACUACACGCAAGGACAACCCCAGCCGGGGCAGAUAGGACAGCCGGGACAGAUAGGACAACCGCCCUACGACCCGCAGUCAUACCAGCAGCAAUAAAGGAAUCACAUUAGUCACUGAUAUAUAUCAUAGCUUUUAGUUGUAGUUGGAAAUUGUUUAACGUUUAUCGUUUGUUCUUGGUGUGUCGUUAAAGUUAUUCUAUCACUCUAUAUGUUGGGUUUUAUUCGAAGAACUGGGGUCGCUAGUCACAUAUGUAGUUAUUAAUAUCGAGAUCCUACAGCUGAGUAAAACACUAUAAAGUAAAAAUGUUCAAACGAAUUUUCAGCAAGGAAUGCCACAAGCCACAAGCCACACUAACACAAUGAAACUAUGUACCUAACAGAGAAACUACAUAUGCAUACAUAGCAAUACCGUAACACAUAGACACUGAAAGGCACAUUCGAUCUACAUAUAAGUCUUAAGACACCAUCGCUUCCGCGAAUUUCUAUUUACAAGCUCCAACCAAAAAUACAAAGCAAACGAGAAAUAGAGGGACAAGAAGGCAUAUUUAACAUUUGUGUAUAUCAUAAACUACAUAAUCCAGACAUGCAGCACGUCUCAAAGAAUAUUAAUAUAUAUAAACUGAUAUCUUAUG